ACCGCACGCACACGGAAACACACCAAGCACCAGGCCCAACCAGCACUCAUACAAAGCAUACACCAAGCACACAGCAGCUUGGCAGUGCAACACCACCACCACCACCACCCCAGCAGCUGCAACAACAACAGGCACCACCAGCGAAAGCAUGUCUUUCUUUUCGAACGGAUUCGCAGUGCUGGCCAACAACAGGCGCCGCAAGGAGGCCAAGAAGGCCGCCAAGAAUGGUGCGGACAAGAGCGCGCAGAGCUCUGACAAGAUGGAAAAGAAAGACGAGGGAAGAUGGGACAUGCUCACUGACGCGUACGGCAGGACGUACUGGCAGCACAGCAUCACAGGCGAGUGGACCUACGGCUGCGGCGGAGGCCUCGUCUCUCCCGUUGGGACGGUCAACCCGUCCCCCAUGGGCUACCCCGGAGGCCCGGUCUUCACGCCUUCGCCGGUACCCGGUGGCGCGCUGUACCCUUUCGCCGUCGCCCCCCACCCCAAGAAGAAGGACGACGACGAAAAGGACGAGAAGAAGGAGGAGGGCAAGGGGUGGUGGGAGACGAAGUACGACGAGGACGGGGACCGGUACUGGGAGCACACGGUGACCAAGAAGACCACCUACAAGGACCCCUACUACUGAACGAGUCUCCUGCACAUUUGUUGCGGAGUAGGAGUGUAUUUGGAGAGAGGCGCUACUGCUGAAUAAAGUAGUAUUUUGUUUACGAUACCAACAAGCGGUAUUGGUGUAUGUAGUGGUAAGGAGGAUGUGUGUCUGAGGCGGAAAAGGUCCUCUGCUGGUUGGUUGGUUUGUUCCGAAGGAAUGUAGUCGAAAUGGUUUUAUACAGUGAAAAAAGCAGUCAAAACAAAAAGUAGUGGGUGGUGUGUUCGGAUGGAGUUUUGGGAAUUGAAUGCGGUUGUUUUUUUGCAAUGAGCUUCGAAGUACGCGGGCGUGCGUGUGAUACAGGGUAUAAAUCCUUCGAGUUUGUACCGUGUCGUUGCUGGUAUGUUUUCUUUCAUUGCUGUGUGUUGGCUUUGCAACAAGAACAUUCGGCGGUAGAUGCUGAAAUAAUAAAGAAGUAGAUGUUGUUAUCGCUGAACGAUUGUUGGGAGGGGUCGGCGUUGUUGGCGUGUCAGAUUGGCCUUCGAUUAGCAGAGUGCUUCUUGCUCACCCUCGACCGUGGUACGAAUGAACAUGAAUCUCUGAAAAGGUGGGGGCAGGGUGACAAGAAGAGUGGUCUAGAUGUAAAAAUAGAAACUUCCCUUGGCGGUGGAGUUCAAUUUCGCUUCUUCUUCUUUCCGGAUGGCUGUGAUCGCCACAUCACGUUGUUGAUAUGUUUGGGGUGUGGUUUGGGGGAACGCUCUCACGAUGGGCAUGGGUGGGUGUGGAUUUGGCGAAACGAAUGCAGAGAAAAAUAAAAAUGAGUUUUCAAACAAUC